GCGCCUCUCCAGGAUUCACUUUUCUCAGCUCCUGGAAACUGAACACCUGUGGAAGACAUCUGACUACUUUGACUACUUUUUUAUUAAAAUACGAAAGCGAUUAUAAGAGAACAGCAGAAAUGUCAGAAGUAAGCGCACUGCCCUUCCUAAAGCCCAUACACGUGAGAGAUCCGAUCUCCCCCGGCCGUCAGCGCCGGCACACUCUCCCCGCCAGCGAGUUCCGCUCCCUCAAUACGGAGGACGCCAUCAGUGUAUUUGAGAUAGAGAGAGAGGCUUUUAUAUCUGUGUCUGGGGAAUGCCCUCUUCAUCUGGAUGAGGUCCGACACUUCCUCACCCUUUGUCCUGAACUUUCUUUGGGCUGGUUCGAACAGGGGAGGUUGGUCGCUUUUAUCAUUGGCUCACUCUGGGACCAGGACCGUCUUACCACUGAUGCGUUGACCCUACAUAAGCCUCAUGGGACUAUUGUCCACAUCCACGUGCUGGCGGUCCACCGGACCUUCCGCCAGCAGGGCAAGGGAUCCAUCCUGAUGUGGCGUUACCUACAAUAUCUGCGUUGUCUACCAUAUGUCCGCCGUGCCGUGCUCAUGUGUGAGGACUUCCUUGUGCCCUUCUACCAGAAGUCUGGCUUUAAAGUGCAGGGUGCUUCUGAGAUCACCGUAGGGUCACUCACCUUCAUUGAGCUGUUCUACCCUGUACAGGGACAUGCAUUCAUGCGUCGUAAUAGUGGCUGUUAGUUGUUUGUGUAGCUUUUUUUUGGAACCCCAAAAAAGGCAAAAAUGUUGAAGCAGUUUUGGUUUUGGUCUAGAUAUCUUGUCAUGCAUUGUUGUGUUUUUUCACUGUUGUAAGCACUGCAAAGAAUUAAAAACAUAUAUAUAUCCUUUUUUUGGGGGGGGGGGGUGGAGGAAGCAUAUAUACUUUAUCCAACCCUCUCAAAUAAUAGUGAUGGCUGAAUAUUCCGUUUUUAUUUGUUUGUUUUUUUCACGUCAAUCUUGGAAGCCCCCUUCUCCUUCAAGUCAGUUGAACGAACAGACUGGGUUUAUAUUUGAUGUUUAUUUUGUAUGGUAUUUAUGGCUUUUUUGUUAUAUUUUAUUUUUAUUACUUACGUACAUAUUGAAAUGCUUGACAAAUCUCCUGUUGUGAGAUUGAAAAUGGUAAAGGCUAGAAAGGUGAGGAAGCACUUCUGUUGUAAACAGUGCUACUUUGGACUAGUGCUUGUGUUCAGUGUCUUGUGGCUGCUUUAGAUGUGUGACUAUUCUAUGGAAGUAUUAAAAUAGCAUCAACUGAACACUUGUUCCACUGUGAUCUCAUAUGAACAAAGUCACAAGAGCACACAGUGUUGUCUGGUAUGUCUGUGAGUGCCAAUGUGAUGAACCUUUAAUAUACACUCUCAAAAAAAGCACCUUUUACUGUAUUUGUUAUUCACACAAGACAUAACAGGACAAAAUGGAUUAUAGAUUAUAAUUAUUUAUUUACAUACAGUGAAGCAAAGGCUCAGAGAGUUAUGAAUUUUUGUUAAAAAUAAAAAUAAUAAUAAUAAUAAUUCUAUGUCAGAGUAUUGUGGACCAGCUCCAUUUGCAGAGCUAUUGCCAAGCAGAUAUGAGAUGUUUAGGACUGGCUUCCAUUUGCUUUUCCCUGUAGAUAUCCACCACCUAUGCCU